AUGCUCAAGUCUUCCGUAUCAAAGAUGCUUCGUACGCCCGAGUGCCCGCUCAGUGUCAAAGCCAGCACUAUCAAAGACGCUCCUACGGCAGAGGGUAUGCCCAAACAGCCUACCAGACAGACUCAAGAAGAGCAAUUCUGGUUCCCUGUUCUGUUUGCCUUCCACGAUGUUUUGAUGACCGGCGACGAUCUUGAGGUUCGGUCUAGGUAUGUUCAUUCUAUUCGAGCUGCUGGCCUGCAAACGCUAACAANNUCCAGGGCGCUCAACUACCUGUUCGAGACAUUGACACGCUAUGGUGGCGACUUCCCUCGCGAAUUCUGGGACACUCUAUGGCGCCAGCUGCUGUACCCUAUUUUCAUGGUUCUCAAGUCGAAAUCAGAGAUGUCAAAGGCUCUCAACCACGAAGAGCUUUCGGUAUGGCUAUCGACAACCAUGAUUCAAGCGCUCCGCAACAUGAUCAGUCUUUUCACACAUUUCUUCGAAUCCCUGGAGUACAUGCUUGAUCGAUUCUUGGACCUUCUGGCACUCUGCAUCUGUCAAGAAAAUGACACCUUGGCUAGAAUUGGCAGCAAUUGCUUGCAACAGCUGAUUCUCCAAAAUGUUCAGAAAUUCACUCCUGAGCAUUGGGAAAAGGUUGUUGGUGCUUUUGUUGACUUGUUCGCACGAACUGAAGCGACGGCUCUCUUCUCCGCAGCAACUUCUUCCUCUUACAGGAAAGACUCGAGUGCCUCGAACGGCCUUGCCAUGCCCGAAAUAUCCUCCGCAGACCCCGCAUCUAUACCAGCAGAGAGCCCUCUCAACCUCAAUGGCGAGGAGCUUCCGACAACUGAGGCAACGCCCAGACGUCCUCGUGGCAAUACCACGGCUACUAUGCAGUCCGAUCGAAGUCUUUCGCCCUCGAAGCAGGCACAGAUCGGAGAUGGUAACGAACUUGAAUCCUUCAACAACACAUCGCAAACACCCAACGCGCCGGUCGUCGUCACUGCAGCACGCCGCCGCUUCUUCAACCAAAUAAUCACCAAGUGUGUUUUGCAAUUGCUGAUGAUUGACACGGUUAGCGAGUUGUUUUCCAACGACUCAGUCUACGCUGCCAUUCCUUCUCAUCUCUUGCUGCGCUUGAUGUCACUGCUCAAGAAGUCUUACCACUUCGCCAAACGCUUCAACGAGGAUCGCGAUUUGCGCACCAAGUUGUUCAGGGAAGGUUUCAUGCGUCAGCCACCAAACCUGCUCAAGCAGGAAUCUGGAUCGGCUUCCGUUUAUGUUAGCAUUCUGCUACGCAUGUUUUCUGACGACGGAGAAGAGCGCAAAGCAUCGCGUGCCGAGACAGAGCAGGCACUCAUCCCUUUGUGUGCCGAUAUUGUGAGCUCGUAUAUUGAGCUUGACGAGGAUACACAACAACGUAACAUCAUCACUUGGCGGCCCGUUGUAGUUGAUGUGCUUGAAGGAUACACAGCCUUCCAUACGGAGGAUUUUGAACGUCAUGCCACCACUUUCACACCACUUGGUGUUGGCCUCAUGAAUCGCGAUAUGGGUCCCGAGCUCCAACGAGCAGUACAAGGACUCUGGACUCGUGUCACUGAGAUCAAGUUCGGCGUGAAAACGCUUGCUCAUACUAGCAAGACAACGUCGGGACUGGUCAGCCCAAGUAAAGCGUCGAUGUUCAGCGGACGUCGUUCAAGCAGAGGAAGUCGUUAG